CCACCCUUGUUUACCAUAGUUUAAAGAAGAACCACUUGUAACAAUAACAUUCAGCGAACUAGUUAGCCAGAGACUGGAAUACUUCCGGGAGAAAGACACAACAGUUACAUUGUGUGACACGAUCGUACAAUACUUUGCAUGCUGGUCGGAGUAACGUCGUCCAUGUACGAACAGGAUGAUCAGCCACUUGUUGACGAUGAUACGCCUUCAGAUCCCAAUAUCGACUUAACCAAAAUGGAGCAGGCUUCUAAUAGCAUUGCGGUGACUGAGAAUACAGUAAAUCUGACAGAAAAUGAAGACGAAAGGCCUUGUAACGAUCACAGAGAACAGCUUUGUGAAAUUCUUCACAGCAGAAAGGCUCAAUAUGUCAUCAUAACAUUGGUUGUCGUGGAUAUGAUCAUUGUUAUUGCAGAAUUACUCAUUGACUUGAAAGCAGUCGAAGUUCACCAUGAGAGCCAUGCACCACACAUCCUGCAUUACAUCAGCAUUGCCAUCCUGUCAAUCUUCAUGAUUGAGGUACAACUGUAUUAUCAAGAUAAUGUUACUCAUAACCUCAGUGUUCUUCUUUAGUGCUCUGCUCAAGUUUUCCUUAACAACACCCUCUAACGGACAAACUUGUCUGUUUUCACAGCCUGUUUGCACACAGGGGGC